AUGGCUGAUCUCAACCACGAGGGGGCAUCUACUAUUCUUUACAAUACAGAAUACCUAACACUGAUACUAGGAUGGCUGCUCCCAGAGGAAAUAAUGAAUUGUGCACCAGUUUGUAAACAGUGGUCAACGGGUGUGUCACAAACUUGGAAACGAUUUCUCCAGAACAUUUCUCCCUUGUUAUAUGAGGCGACAGUAAAUACCAUCAAUAAAAAUGAGCAGCGGAUGCCCCCGGAACAAAUUUUCAAACAAUUUGCACUACGCGAAUACAAAUUACGGCAGGAUGCGUACUGCAUACCGACUGAAACCACCAUAAGCUAUCGAAACGCUGUGAAGGAGCGAGCAUUGAAACGAAGGCACAAGGAAGCCAUGUCAAUAGUCCACAAACAAGGUUGUUCUUCAGAGUCGUACUGUCCGCCCGGGUUGAAGCUGGAGGAUGUCUUCUUGGUUUUGCAUCUGUAUCAUGCUCCAACUCGAACGCGAAUGGGUUAUGCGAUAUGGAACUUGAAUGACGUGAUGGAAGAUGGAUUAAUCUAUGGCAAAGGAUCCCCCAUACUCAUGAAAGAUAUCGAUUUCCAGAUUCCUAUUGGUUCGUUUGCAGAACACGAGGGCCCAUUACCAGCCACAGCAUCCAACAGUCCCAGGAGUGCUUUUUGGCAAAAAUGUGUUGCCACCUCUUUGGAUGAACUCGGCGUGGAGAUGAUCAAAACUGCUAUUGUAUGCGUGCAAAUGUACCGUUGCGAUUCAGGAAAGACGUUGAGCUUUGAGCGGGGCCAAAUGAUGUGGGCAAAAUACGAACGGCUUUUGGGUUUAGUCCGAACGGAUCUUCAAAAAUCAUGGACAAAUCCAAACCCGGCAUCGUUCCCUCUGCCUGAUGAGGACGACCAGUACUUCGAUCCAAAUAAUGUCAACCCAGCAAUGUCAAAGGUUAGUAAGCAAUAUCCAUGCAUUGGGUUCGAGAUUGGUGUCGCAAAGGUGGCGCCGAUGAAUGUUUCAAACUUCACUCCCGCCAACAAAGGCGGUAGGAUGACUGUUGAAGUUCACCUUAGUAUGUAUGAACUCUUCCCAGGGCACCACCGAACUACUAUUCGAUGGAAAGAAGACCUUCGUAAGCACCUUCAGUUUAUGGAUUGGGAAUAG